UCACGUUUGCCUACUUUGGUGAAGGCACUGGACCGAUAUGGCUCGACGACGUGAAGUGUUCCGGUCAAGAGGCCGCUCUCACCCACUGCAAGCACCUUGGGCUUGGAGAAAGUAACUGUGGGCACCAUGAAGAUGCUGGUGUCAUCUGUUCAGGUUCUCUAGAGAAGCCCCGGAUCUCCUUGAGUCCUGGUCCGGAGGUGAACUGGGGCAACAAAGUUGAAAUCACCUGCACUAUAGUAACAGAUCACUUAGGUGGAACAUUUGUCCUGAGAAAGAUGCAAGAAUCCACCAAAUUGGAGAUGUUCUCUGAACAUGAAGCUGCUACCUUCAUCUUUUCUAAAGUGAACUUUAACCACACAGGAUCAUACUUCUGUGAAUAUCACAAGAAACAGCUUAAUCAAGUCAUCUCCUACCCUCAGGGAAACACUGUUGAUCUUUCUGUCACAGUGAAACUGGAGAAGCCCAGCAUCUCCCUGACGUCUCCUCAGGCCAUGGUGAUCUACAGCCCAGACAAGAUAUCUGUCACCCAGGGAAGCAGCUUCUCCAUCACCUGCUCGACGUAUUCUACUUACGCUAAAGGCGUUUUCCACCUGAUGAGGUCUGACAAGCGAACAAGUGAAACUCAGCCGGCGUUUACUUAUUUAAUUUUCAGUCAGGCCAACUUUGACUUCCCGAAGAUCGGCUAUGAACACCAAGGAGAGUACACCUGUGUCUACAGUGUUAACAUCUCCUCAUCGCCUUUCUGCUCUGCUCCUUCCAAGACUCUCCAAGUCACUGUCCAGGCCCCGUUGUCCUUAACUGUCGGAGGAGUUGUUGGAGGUGUUGCUUGCUUGCUGGUGGUGCUGGUUAUCGGAUACCUGGUCUGGAGAAAUAGAUGGAGUGCUGAUGGUACAACAGUUCAGUUUCAAAACAGGUUCGGAGCAGCAAUGAAACCAAAUGGGGAAGACAGAAACAAUGGAACACUUGAUGGAAGAGAAUGGAAUGAGUAUGUAAACAAUUGCCAUACAGAAGCCAAAAAUGAAGAUGGCAAGACCAUCCCCGAAGACCUGGCUGGGCGAGUGUGCUACGAGCUUGAACCACUCGUUUGCAUAGGGCCUAAAUGAAACGGGACCCAAUGGAAAAAUAUUGACCGUUUUAUGCUCCCACACAAAGUACGAGUUCGAUCAGCAUCACAUGAGUUAUAAGCAGAUAGAUUGGUAUAAUCCAAAGCUUGUUGUGUGAGGAUCUAGACUGUAUUUUAUUGUCUAUACCUUUUGGAAAAAUACUGCAUUUAAUCUUUGAAACGUUGUGGCAUUUAUUUUGUUGAUUUGCUGUAACUUCGUUAGCUGUAUCCAUUGUGUGCUCCUUUCUGCUCUGCAAGAAAAAGGGAGUACCAGUGUGUAGCAUAUUUUUCUGAUGUGCUUGGUGCUUGUUUUGUGCAGGAAAUAUUUUUUCUAUAUGCUGUGUAAUCACGCACCUCCCCAGGUGGAAACUAACUGUAUUAUGAGCUGUACUAUUUUCUUUCUUCAGUGAGACGAAGUUGCCUACUGUAGCUGUAAACUGCUCACUCCUUGCAAUUAAAAUCCUAAAGAAGGUCUCAA